AUGGUUGCUGCAGUGACUACAGUAAGCCAGAUUUUAGAUGCCAACAAGACUGAAUUUAAUUUAUCCGAUAAAAACCUCACUAGCUCUAUAGAAAGCCUCACAAUGGCAAUCCAAAAUUUCUCUGUGAGUAACAGUUCUGCUACAGAGGUGGUGCAGUCCAACAUUGCAGUUCGCAUAAUUUCUCCCCAGGAGCCCUCAACUACAGUUCUUUUUUCUGCGAUGAAGGGAUCAACUGACAGUUUGGUUUCUGACCGAAUAAAAGUUAGUGAACAGGCUACUGGCUUGAAAACUGAUGAUCGUACAGAAAUCCAGAUACUCAUCAAUAUUACAAGUACCAAUUUAACUGGAACAGAGAGAGUUGGCUUUGUACUGUACCAAAAUGACAAACUUUUCCCAUCAAAAAUUUAUAAAACUGAACUAGAAGAAAACUACAGUAACCGAAUCAUUUCCAGCAACGUUAACGGAACCAUGCUCAAUAAUAUUAAGUUAGCUUUAAACCCACAGUAUAACAGAUCAGAAUUUCAGCUAUACAAUUAUGCAUGUGUAUUUUGGAAUUACUCACUAAACGACUGGGAUACGGCAGGCUGCAUAAAAGAGAAAAACUCACCAAAGUUACUGGGAUGCAGCUGUAAUCACACAACUAAUUUUGCAAUAUUAAUGAGCUUCAGGAUCAAUUAUAAAUAUGCAAGGCCUCUAGAGAUUUUUACAUAUAUUGGUUGCGGUUUGUCCAUUGCUGGCUUGACUUGUACCACUGUGUUUCACGUUCUUAUCAGGAAACAACGGAAAACCUUUGUUACCUUGAUGGAUGUGAGCCUCUGUUCAGCUAUGCUGAUUUUUAACAUAAUCUUUGUUUCUGGAAUUGAAAACACAAAUGCCAACAUGAAUGCUGACGAAAACUCUGCUGCCAACAUCAUGCUCCAGUCUGACAUGGAAGGCCCUCCUACAAAUGACUGGUGUACGGCUGUAGCUGCCUUACUGCAUUAUUUCUUGCUGGCAACUUUUAUGUGGACUGCUCUUAAUGCUGUACAAAUGUACUUGCUAUUCAUAAAAGCUAAGCAGCAUCUAUUUCGACAUUAUAAUACAACCAUGUCAUUAAUUGGAUGGGGAGUCCCAGCAUUAUUUGUUAGCAUAACACUGGGAGCAACCUACAGUAACUCAAACUACCGCCAGGAAGAAUUUUGCUGGCUCGCAGCCCUUGAUUCGCAUCAGAACUUCUCCGUUGAGAAACCUUUGUUAUGGGCAUUCCUUUUACCUGUGGCAUUCAUCCUUCUGUUCAAUGUUAUUAUGUUUGGGAAGAUCAUUAUUUCUGUGCUAUGGAAGGAAAACAAGGAACUGACAAGCACCAAAAAGAAGUCCAUUGUGAAGAACAUACUUGGAACUCUUUCUAUAGCAGCAACCCUUGGAGUCACCUGGAUCUUGGGAUAUCUGAUGCUAAUAGACCAUGAGAAAACAAACAUAGUUUUCACUUAUGUGUUCUGUUUUUUCAGUGCUACACAGGGACUUCAGAUCUUUGUGUUCCAAGUUCUCAGAUCUGCAAUAUUCCGAGAAAAAGUUACUGAUAUUUUUGAAGCCUUUCAACGCUCUAAGAUAGGAUCUAUAUCAUCUUUAUCCAUACCUAAAAAGUCUGCCAGAGCUUCUACAACUUUUUGUCUCAUGUUCUCACCAGAAGCUUUGGGAAAAGAUCUAAAUCUCGAAUAG